AACCAGAGAGAGAGAGAGAGAGAAAGAAAGGAAAUUACAGCCCAAACACACCUCGUUUUUGAUUUGGGUGAAAUAAUGGUCGCACGAACCCCACCAAAGCAGCACCACAAGCUUGCGGUGGUGGCGCCGCCCAUCAGUCCCACUCUCCUCCGAGAAACCGUUAACAAGGUGGAUCGAUGUAUGGCUCGGCUGCAAGAGCUUCAACACACAGUGACAGUCUCCGAUUUGAGUUUGAGUCCUCGCAGUUAUAGAGGGCCAAUGCCAACAAGCCUACGCUGUAAACAGGAUUCGUUCAGGUUAAAGAAUGCUAAAUCUCGAAGAUCCCCUCCUGGAAAGCUUCCAGUAAGUAAAGAGGAAUGGCGAAAAAUGUCGUUGCCAGCAAUGCUAUUGGGAGAAACAGUUGGAGAAAUCCUACAAGCAACACAGUUUGCCAGAAACCUAGUCGAGGCAGUGUCCUCCAAGCCCCAAAAACCAGUAGACGACGAGCCAAAAACACCGCUGACAAAGCAGACGCCAGACCUGGAAAACUCCAGUCUGCAUGCACGUAGAAGGAGGGAGAAGCAAGUUGUGCAACAGAAAGAAUUGCACAAUGCCCCCCCUCCUUCUCUAAGACGAGCCAAGUCCAAGAUCAACUUCAAGGUCUCGCCCUUGCAGAACAGAGAGUGUGACAAGGAAAACUGCCGGUACAUAGCUAAUAGAGUCUCACCAAGGAAUAGGCCAUGGGUGAGGAAGACUGUCCUAUUUCCAAAUCCUUUGUUUUUGUCAUCUCCCACAUCACAGCAUCACAAGUUUGGCAAGACAAAGUCACCCAUGAUUACAAAAAAUCGACAAACUCCACAUAGGUUCUUGAUCAAGUCCCCUCCUCCUCCACCUGCUGCUGCAUCCUCCAAGUUCCAAGUGAAAAUCAGAAGCCCUCCUCUUUGUAUUUCCCCAACACGAGGUGCUGAGAGGGCGUCAUCAGCUGCAGCAAGGCUGAGAAGAUCAUUCUCGCCUUCGAGGCUAGCCAGCAAGCUCGUGUCGCCACUGAAAAGCAGAAAAUCCUUGCCACAGAAUAGGGAGUUGAUGAUGAAGAAGACAAUGGGUGGAUUGAAACAGUGGCCUACGUCUUUUUCAAUGCGAUUCUCCUCACCUCGGAGAGUUUGAAAGUACAUAUGUUUCUUGAUUUCUUUCUUCUAUGUUGCAGAUAGAUAUAUUCUCAAUGUCAUCACAGUAUGCAUUUUUUUUUCUUUGUAACGUUUUUCUUGAUAUAUUCUUUCACAAUUUGAUGU